AGAUAAUAGAGUUUCUCUUGUCCACAAUCUCUCUCACUCUUCUCUCCCUUUCUACUUCUAGCAUGAACCAGGAAAGUGGAUAGAGGUUAUCUCUUGGGUUGAAGCCAAAGAAGGAAGUUUAUAUAUAUAUAUAUAUUUAUACACACGAAAAAAAUCAAAGAAGGAAUGUUUUAUUGAUGAUGAGCAAAGAUAUCUUACUUCAUCAGCAAGUACAACAACAACAACAAGAGGAGAAUAUGUCGAUUCUAACUUCAGCAUCUGGGGAUCAAACAAGUGCCUCUUCAGGAAUAAGAACUGAAGCAAGUGGUUCUAAUUACUUCCCUCAUCAUCAACAACAACAAGAACAACAACAACAGUUCUUUGUUCCUGAAUCUCAGCCUCAGAAGAAGAGGAGGAACCAACCAGGAAAUCCAGACCCAGAAUCAGAAGUGAUUGCUUUAUCACCAAAGACACUAAUGGCAAGAAACAGAUUCGUGUGUGAGAUCUGCAACAAAGGAUUCCAAAGAGACCAGAAUCUACAGCUUCACAAGAGAGGUCAUAAUCUGCCAUGGAAGCUGAAACAACGAUCCAACAAAGAAGUGAUAAGGAAGAAAGUGUAUGUUUGUCCAGAAGCAAGCUGUGUCCACCAUGACCCAUCUCGAGCUCUAGGUGACUUAACCGGAAUCAAGAAGCAUUUCUGUAGAAAGCAUGGAGAGAAAAAGUGGAAAUGUGACAAAUGCUCAAAGAAAUAUGCUGUUCAGUCAGAUUGUAAGGCUCAUUCUAAGACUUGUGGUACCAAAGAAUACAGAUGUGACUGUGGCACUAUCUUCUCUAGGAGGGAUAGUUUCAUAACUCAUAGAGCAUUUUGUGAAGCAUUGGCUAAAGAGACUGCAAGAGAAGUAGUAAUACCACAAGAACAGAAUCAUCAACCAAACCCUAUUUUAGUUCAUCAAUCUACUUUUCAUCAUCAACAUCAUCAAGCACAACCAAACAUGAACUUCUCUUCCUCGUCUCCCUCUUCCCACAACAUCAUCAAUACCCUUCACUUCGAGACCAACAACAAUGGUACUAACAAUAGUAACACUAGCAGUAACCAUCUCCAUACAUUUCCAGUGAAGAAAGAGCAACAACAAAGCAAUGAUCAUAUGAUCAAUUACCACCACCAAAGCAUCCCUCCUUGGCUUGCGCCUCACGAUCUCACGUUUCCAAACCCUAACCCUAAUAAUGGGGGAGGAGGUUUGUUCUCUCUUGCAGCUUUUCCCGCCAUGUCAGCCACCGCAUUGCUCCAGAAAGCAGCCCAAAUGGGUUCCACAAAGACACCUCCUCUACCACCAACCACUGACUUAGAGAGGUCAGCUCAUCAUAACACCCUCACCACCACAAUGGCGGCAAUGAUGACAUCACCAUCUGGAUUCAUCAGCUCCAACAACAACAAUCAAGUUUUUCUUCAAGGCUACCACGGUGGAGAAGAAGCCUUUGACCACACAUUUAGCGCGCUCUUGAGGACAAACGUUGAUACUACAACCGCAGGAUCAGACACGAAGAAAAGAGGUGGAGGCGGUGGAGUAGGAGAAGGUUUGACUAGAGACUUCUUGGGGCUAAGACCGUUAAUGUCGCAUAACGAGAUACUAAGUAUUGCCGGCCUCGGGAAUUGCAUCAGUGGCGCUGCUCCUGAUCAGCUUCGUCCAAAGCCUUGGAAGGGCACACAAGUCGAAUCAACAAAAGAUAGGGACGCAUCACGUUUUGCUUGGUAGCAUGUAUAAAACUCAUGUACAUCAGUAUAUAUGU